UCUCCGUGUCAACAUCAGGAGAUGAGACAACAACUAGCGGCUUUUAACUACUAAUGGACCCACGAUUUACUCACCUGCUUCAGUGAGCACCUCAAGGACUUGUUCUUGGAGUCAGUCGGUACGAACAUUGUCUCCGACUUCCAGAGUUUUCUGUGUGACUUGAGGGGGCGUUCACGUCAUUCUCCGAGGAUAGAGCUCCUUUUUCCGAUUAUUCCCCACCACUUGAAUGCAGGGUCUGCAUGACAGCAGCAGCAGAUCUGACCUGCUGAUGGGGAAAUAAACACCACAGAUGGAAACCCAGAGGAAGAGCUCUGAGGAUGACAGUGAAGGAGAGCGAGGUCUGCUCCACACCUGGAAGGGCUAUUCCUGCAGUGUCACCCCAGAGAGGGUGCUCCUUCCCCGGCCUGUCCUUCAGGUCGCCCUGGGCACACGACAUGGUGUCCUGUUGGUGGAAGGUGGGCAGGUGUACAGUUUUGGUGAGUUGCCAUGGAAGCAGAGUCAACCCCUCGAGCCAGAGAAACCCACCGUGGAGAGCGCGCUCAGCGGCCAGCGGGUCGUCUCCAUCGCUGCGGGAAGCUUCCACAGCGGAGCCGUGACCGAGGAUGGAGGCGUCCACAUGUGGGGGGACAACACCUCGGGUCAGUGUGGCUUGUCAGGCCUCAGCACCGUCCCUAACCCGACACCGGUUGCUCUUCUGGACUCUGACAUCAACCCGCCGCAGACGGUGCCCGUUCUGGAGCUGGCCUGCGGGGGUCAGCACACGCUCGCUCUGUCUGCGCAGCGGGACGUUUGGGCGUGGGGCAGUGGCUGCCAGCUCGGCCUCAGCGUUACUGUCUUCCCCGUGUGGAAGCCGCAGAAGGUUGAACACUUAGCGGGCAGGUAUGUGCUGCAGGUGGCCUGCGGGGCGUCGCACAGCCUCGCUUUGGUGCGCUGCCUUGGCCCACAUGAUCUGCAGCGCCCCCAUGUGGACAAAUGCAGACAGUGUAACCAGCUGCUGUACACCAUGACCGACAAAGAGGACCACGUCAUCAUCUCUGACGGACAUUACUGCCCCAUCGGCGUGGAGCUCACCGAGGACGAGGGCUGUUUGGAGGCGCCCGCACCGAUACAAAUCCUCAGAACGUCCCCGUCCGAGCCGGUCCUCCCCUCCCAAACAUCAACCUCGAACUCAGGCUCCCCGGCGCCCUCUGAAGGCUUUGAGCCCUCCUGUGAUUCCACUCAGGAAAAAGAGGAAUCGGUUUUGGCUAAUGGCGCAUUGGCAGCUCUGGAGUCAGACUCUUUUGCUCAGUCUCAAAGCGGAGUGAAGAGUUCUCCGUAUCCAGAUGAACAAGCGGUCAAAGAUUAUCUGCAGAAACUGUCGGACAACACGCAGGUGGAGCAGACAGCGAAAACCAACACUGGAGGACUGCACACUCUGCUGCCCGCAGCAGCAGGUCUCUCCACCUCCAACCCCGGCUCUGCUCUCAACAGCCUCGUUUCUUCCUGCGCCUCAGCAGUGGGCGAGCGAGUCGCCUCCACAUACGAGGCUUUAUCCCUCAAAAAGAUGAUGAACUACCUGCCCUCAGGAGUGCCCAGGCCAGGCGGGACGACGGGCGAUAACACCACAGAUCGAGUCCGCCUGGAGGACUCCACGCAGGCCAAGAAGAGCUCCAGCACGGGAGACAUCCGCGAGGAGGAGGCGGAGGGUCUGCGCCGCCGUCUCUCACUGCCAGGACUCCUCUCUCAGGUCUCCCCUCGGCUGCUGAGGAAAGCUGGUCGUCCCAGGAUGCGCGCCAUGGCCCUCACCCCGCUGGGAGGUUUGGUCCCAGAGGCCCAGGAUGUGUUUCCCACCCUGCAGACGGAGGUGUGGAGCUGGGGACACGGCGAGCACGGACAGCUGGGACAUGGAGACAGUCUGGCCAGGUUACAGCCACACUGCAUCAAGAGUCUGAACAACAGGGAGGUGGUUCGAGUGGUGGCUGGUGCUCAUCAUUCCCUCGCUUUGACUGCUCAGUCUCAGGUGUUUUCAUGGGGAAGCAACAGCUGUGGUCAGCUUGGACAUAUGGAGUCCCCCAGCACUGUCCCUCGCCUCGCAAAACUGUCAGAGGGGAUCCGUGUGUGGGACGUGAGUGCAGGAGAGAGACACACGGUCCUGCUUGCAGACGGAGACUGCAUCCAGCCGAUUAUUUACUACAGCGGGCAGCAGGUGAGGGAGGGGGAGGAGGAGCGCCUCGCAAAGGAAACGGAGGAAGCAGGGAAGGAGGAGGAGGAGGAGCAGCGUGCGGGGGGCUACACCCAGCAGCCCGUACUGUUACCCUUCUGCAUGAACCUGCGUUAUGUGAGCAACGUGUUCGCCGGCGGUCGGAGCUGCGUGGCGCUCUCAGACCGGAACGUGAUGGGCUUCAUCGCCAGCCUCCAUGAGCUCGCAUCAGCCGAGAGGAAGAUUUACUGCAAAAUGAGCAACGUAAAGAUGCAGAUCAUACGCCCCCUGCUGGAGCUGGAGUCCCUGAGUUCUGCCCUCGGUCAGGUCACCCUCGGGCUCCUGCAGACUCUGGCAGGCCGCUUCAGCCUCCUGUGUCACCUGACGGGGCAGCACGCCGCCAGCCUCACCGCCAACCUGCGCCGUGGCAGAGACGUCAAGAGCUUGCUCAUCCUGGACCACUCUGACAUCUUCCUUCACUGUUACAAGGAGUACAGCAGCGCUUUGGGCGACUUCCAGGUGAUGGGAGGAUUUCAGUGCCUGACCAAACCCUCACUAGAUUUCUUCGGGAAGACUCCUGAGCUGCUUCAGAAACUGUCUGAGUGCGGCGAGGAAAACCCUGCCAUGUCCGACCUCCUGGUGGCGCUCUUCUACCUCCCAGCUCGCCAUCUUCAUGAAUACGGACGUCUGCUGCUCAAACUGGCGACCUGCUUUGAAGUGUGCUCCGAUGACUACCAGAAGCUGCAGGACAGCUGCUCUAAGUUCGAAGCUCUGGUGCUCCAGCUGAAGAAGAAACGAAAAGAAGCCGACUACACCUUUAAUUUCUGGAAGAACUUCCCCGGCAAGAUGACGGAAUCUCUGAGAAAACCUCAACGCCGCCUCAUCUGUGAGAGCAGCAACAAAGCCCUGACGCUGCAGAACGCCGGCAGGUUCUCCGUCAACUGGUUCAUCCUCUUCAACGACGCCCUGGUCCAUGCACAGGGCGUGGCGCCUGUUAAAAGUCUUUUCUCCACCCAUCACGUCUUCCCUUUGGCCACGCUGUGGGUGGAGCCAAUCCCAGAGGAGAACACCGGCAUAUACGGAUUAAAGGUGAUCACGCCCGAGGAGACGUUUACCCUGUUGGCCUCCUCUCCCAUGGAGAAGGCUAAGUGGCUUCGCUCCAUAAACCAGGCGGUGGAGCAGGCGCUGAGCGGGGCGGGGCAGGACGCAGCAUCAGUCAGCUCGGGGUCGGGUCAAAAGUUGGAGCCUCCCAACUCCAGGACGGCCUCGUACACUUUUUAUAAAGACGGACGGCUGAAAGAUGCGAAGUACGAGGGGCGCUGGCUCACUGGAAAGCCACACGGCAGGGGAGUGUUGAAAUGGCCUGAUGGAGUAUACACAGGGUCCUUUAAGAACGGAUUAGAGGAUGGCUUUGGUGAAUUUGUGGCUCCUAAUAAGACGAUCAACAAGAACGAUCACUACCAAGGUCACUGGAAAGACGGGAAGAUGCAUGGUCUGGGAACAUACAGAUACGCGAGCGGGGAAGUUUACGACGGAUCCUUCCAGGACAGCAUGCGACACGGUCACGGCAUGCUGCGCAGCGGGAAGCUAAACACCUCCUCCCCCAGCGUGUUCAUCGGCCAGUGGCUGCAGGACAAGAAGACUGGCUACGGAGUCUUUGACGAUAUCACAAAAGGGGAGAAGUACAUGGGAAUGUGGCAGGAGCACCAGCGUCAGGGCACCGGGGUCGUGGUCACUCAGUUUGGCCUUUACUACGAAGGAGCCUUUAAGGAUAACAAGAUGAUGGGCACCGGGGUCCUCUUGUCCGAGGACGACACCACAUACGAGGGGGAAUUCUCUGACGACUGGACUCUAAAUGGAAAGGGUGUGCUAACAAUGCCAAAUGGAGACUACCUGGAGGGCUCCUUUAACGGUGAAUGGGGCUCUGGACUCAAAGUGUCGGGGUCCUACUUUAAACCACAAUUGUUCGACACAGACAAGGACAAGAGCCGGGUCGUGAAGCUGGGUCGCCUGUGUGUGUGUGCGGAGGAUAAGUGGCAGGCCGUGUUCCAGGAGUGUUGGAGCCAGCUAGGCUGCGAGUCGCCGGGACAAGGAGUGACCUCUAAGGCUUGGGAGAACAUCGCCGUGGCCCUCACCACCAGCAGACUUCACAUCCAAGACAGUCCGGAGAUUCUAUCUAGAAGUCACAGCAGAACUCUGGAGAGUCUGGAGUUUAUCCCUCAGCAUGAAGGACCAAUCAACAUGGAGCGAUAUCACACCAUCCGCCUCUACCUCAUCAAGGCUUGUGACACACCCCUCCACCCGCUCGGCCGUCUGGUGGAGACCCUGGUGGCGGUCUACAGGAUGACCUACGUGGGCGUUGGAGCGAAUCGUCGACUGCUGCCUCAGGCUGUCAACGAGAUCAAGUCUUAUCUUAACCGCAUCUACCAGAUCGUCAGGUUUCUUUUCCCUGACCUGCCAGAAGAGGGCGGCCUAAUUCCAGAGCCGACCACCAACCUCCAGGAGAAGAAGGAGCCCGGCUCGACUGAUGCCCAGCCAGAGUCACCAAAACCUGGCCGCGUGGUGAGCAGCUGCGCUCUGCUGCUCCCCGUCCUGCUGCCUCGCCUCUACCCGCCGCUCUUCACCCUCUACGCUCUGGACAAGGAGAGAGAGGACGACGUCUACUGGGAGUGCGUCCUCCGUCUCAACAAGCAGCCCGACCUCGCCCUGCUCGCCUUCCUGGGAGUCCAGCAAAAGUUCUGGCCUGUUUCUUUUUCUGUCGCCUUGUCUGUACUUGGGGAGAAGCAGCAGGUCCUUUCCAGCACAAAAGACGCCUGUUUCGCCUCUGCAGUGGAAACAUUACAACAGAUCAGCACCACCUUCACGCCGUCAGACAAGCUGCAGGUGAUCCAGCUCACCUUCGAGGAGAUCACUCGCGAGGUUCAGUCGCUGCUCAAACAGGACUUUUUGUGGUCCAUGGACGAGCUCUUCCCCGUCUUCCUCUACGUGGUGCUGCGUGCACGAAUCAGGAACUUGGGGUCUGAAGUGAGCUUGAUUGAAGAUCUGAUGGAUCCCUGCGUUCAGCACGGAGAGCACGGCAUCAUGUUCACAACGCUGAAGGCCUGUUACUACCAGAUCCAGCAUGAGAAGGUCACAUAACUCCAGCAGUGUGACUCUACUCCCUCUGUGCAUCUGCAAGCCCCGCCUCCAACCACAGCCAAUCGCAGGGCUGGGAAGAAGCGCGAGGCUUUGGAGUGAUGGACGUGUGCAGUAGCCAAUAGGCAGCAGAGGAUCAUACAAGCAGGUUGCUGACAGCUCCAUCUGCUGCUGUUAUGGAGACGGGACCACCUCCCCCUCACACACACACACACACACACACACACACAAACACACACACUGUUUUGCCCUUUAGUGACCUCUGCUGGUCGCUUAUCCACGAAUCAUUAAUGUCCAAAUGUGAAUAAUUGUCUGUGUUAUACGGGCAGUCAUGAGCCACUUCAAACCGUCCGGAGAAAUCUGACUGACACGACAUUACGCAGGAAAAUCUUGACUUUGGGGAUGUUGUUACCUGGGAAGAACUCAAGCGUUAUAGUUUUUUUUUUUUCCCGAUGGGAGCAGUUUUUGUUCUCUGGAUCCCGGACCUCAUUUUAAACACAAUUUCCAGUAUGAAACUCAAAUAUUAUGCGGACUGAACUAAGCCAUUUCUCUAAAAAACAACACUUUUUUUAGCUUUCAGUGUUCAAAUCCUUGUUAUUUAUGACAUCCACUUGAAGAAACAGACUGUAUGAGGAAUUACCUUCUACCCUUUAAAAGCAUCUCACUCUAUGAUACUGACAGACUUUUCAUGUAUCGACUUCAUAAACUGACAGAGCACUUUGUUUACCGCCACGCUAAGCUGACAGUUAUUGGGAUUUCAAACCGUGUUUUCCCAGAUUUACAAAGAAGAAGGCUUCAAAGAUGAAGUCCAGCUCGCCCUCUUGUAGCUCAUAAACAUUUGGUGAACUUCCCCACGUCUGAUUAAGAGCUUUUCUACAGCUCAUUUAGAGCUGGGGUUGAUACUGUGUUGUGUUAAUGCAGAGCAUGUACGGCAUGCUUUAGGUUAAUGUAAAGUGAAUUAGCUGAAACUCUAAAUGAUGCUGAUGUUUUCCUCUUAAACCAUCUUGAACACAAAAAUCUGAUUAGCUGAAUUAGCUUAAAGUAAACACAAACAACGUCCCUGCCAGUUUUCUCUGACACUGGUCAUCAACACAGCUUGUUUGUGAUGGCUGUAAAGUGUUUCUUAGUUUCAGCUGGAUCGCCGACUUGAAGGCACAUGUGUUUUUCUGAGUCAAACACUUUGACUGUUAACACUUUGUUUUACAGAUUUAGCAGAAAUGAAGAAAAGAUAGAUCAUAGCACUCUACUGCAAAACCAGGAUGGAAAAAUAUUCCAUUAUUUAAAGUAUUUGCAAGCAAAAGCCCUGAGCCAUCGAGAAAUAGUUUUACAAACUGUCUGUUUAGAAAACGUAAAAGGUUUGCAAAUUCAGAUGAAGGAUGGGGUUAAAAUGUAUGACUUGAAAUGACAAAUAUCUAAACAAUGGUAUUGUUUUCAGUGUUAUAGUCAUCGUUAAUGUCCGCUAAAAAAAUGUGCAUCUCCAAUCUUUAUCAUCCUGAAAACAUCACAGAUAAAUUUGUCUGACUACCAAAAAAAAAAUGAAUCAAGUAGAAGCUGAAAAAGAUCUUGAAUUCAUUGGAGAUGCAUAUUUUAUAGGACAUCUUCUUUUCUUUUCUUUCAAUGUUGUCGUGAUUAUACUGCUGCAAGUAUUCUGCAAAACAAUCAUCGGUAAAUAUCCAGAGGGGAAAAAGGAAGAGUUUGAAGGUCUUCAGUUCUGUAAAUUGUUGAAUAUAAAAGGUAAAAAUGUUUCUGUUGCAGCUGCAGGUGGAGCUCCAGCAGAGACCCAGGCGCUCGGAUUAAUGCAAACACUGUUUUACAGACGUCUGUGAUGUUUCAAAGCUGAUUCUCUGCGCAAUCUGUUAAUACUAACUGUUCUUUUUUUAAACCAUUCACUGCCCCGACCGUCACACAUUGUUGCUUAUUUGAGAUUUGCGUCACACAUGGCGGUUGAUAAAAGGGCUUAGAGGGGAUUCAGAGGAUGACCAUGACCUUUUUUUUUUUUUUUUUCUUUUCUUUUUUUUUCUUUUUUUUAAUGUUAUCGCUUUUGUUUGCUCCGACGGUUUAACAACAGUGAAGCCGGUGGAUCAGAAGCCUUUUUUUUUUUGAAGGAGCCAAAUUUAGGUGAAGCUGCUCGAUUCUGAAAAUCAAUCCGGAGAAUAUCGCUGUUCACACGUACAGAGUUCAGAUCUGACAUUAAAAGCUACAGCUCUUCUCUUUGGGUGACAGAUUCUUUACGAUCAGGGUUUGCUCUGCGAAGUUUGGAAAAGAUCACCUGCUGUAAUUAAUGAAAUUAGUGAGGAAACAAAGCACGGUCUAGUAAAACAACAACACAAAGAUCCAUUCAUGUCCUGAAUUUUGCAGAAUGCAGAACUUGAUGUUUUUUUUGAUUUUGCAUUACUGCCUGGUCAGGAUUCAGUCUUGGGAUUCAGGACUUUACACUUUUACACUUUAUUUUUCCCUUCAUAGCUUCCCCUUUAAAAAAACAAAAAAACGAGUUCAUACAUUGUCCACCCCAACCUUUGUUUUGAAUUCAAGGAGUUAUGUUCAUGCAGCAGGUUAGGCCUUAAAGAGCCUCUAAUUCUCCCUGUAAGACGUCUGUGCACCUUAAAAGUAUUUGUUUAUAAGUAAAAUGUUGCAUUAUGUUGUUAAAAAAAGGAUCAUGAAACCUGUACACAUCUGUGCCUGACACUUAGAGAAGUGAAGCAAUAUUGUCUUCAUGAAACGCUGUGAAAACAUUCCCUGGCUCUUUGAAGGAGGUGUUAUUUGACUGACAGUUUUAAGCCUCUUAUCCUCCUCCUAACAAAACAUGAAGGCUGAUAUUUUGACUUCUGCACCUUUCGAGAGAAGAAAAUAUCAGUAGACAACAGAACUGAUUUACAAACCAAACUACAUAGGCAGAAUGAGACGUUUACUGUAAUGGUUGUACAUGAAGUUCUGUUUUAAACCCAAACUGAAGACUGGUAUGUAAAGUGACGGUAACGCUCAUAAGCUCAUGUUCGGUUCAUGAUUUAACCUGUUGACACCUGUUUGAUUGACUUACUGCACCUCAACACCUGUUCAUCAUGAAAACGACCCUCACAGGUCAGACUGUUGCGUCGUGUGUAAAAUGACCUGUUUUGUCGAUGGACUUUGGUGGUGACUAGUUGACAUGUUUUGUGUUUCAGCUGGCUGACAUGACGCCCUCCUGUGUGUCUUUUACAUGAUGUCAAAUGUAUUGUACCUUUAAAAAAAAUAAAUAACAGAGGGCAAUAAAUGCAUUUGAUAGACGUUG